AUGCCUUCUUACGCGGUGACAGGCGCAAACCGAGGCAUCGGAUUUGCGUUGAUUGAUCAACUAUCUGCGGAUCCCACGAAUGUCGUAUUUGGCCUGGUACGAAGUGUUCAGGCUGCCCAGGAGAAGGUAACAAAGCAGUGGCCGGAAAGAAAGAAUAUCCACAUUAUUCAUGGUGACCUGAGCGAUCUUGCCUCCUUGGAAUCUGCCGCAAAAUAUGUAUCAGCUACGACUGGUGGCGGCCUGGAUGUUCUCAUAGCUAAUGCUGCUGCUGGAAAUUUGGACUUCAAAUUUAUCGAUGAGGAGUAG